AUGGCGCUCGGCGGGGUCGGGCGCGGCGCGGCGCGGGCCGCCUGGCCGCGGCUGCUGCUGGCGGCGGCGGCGGCGGCGCUGGCGCUGGCGGGGCCGGCGCUGCCCGAGGUGCUGUUCCGCUGCCCGCCCUGCACGGCGGAGCGCCUGGCCGCCUGCCCCCCGGCCGCCCGCCCGCCCUGCCCCGAGCUGGUGCGGGAGCCGGGCUGCGGCUGCUGCCCGGUGUGCGCCCGCCUGGAGGCCGAGGCGUGCGGUGUCUACACGCCGCGCUGCGCCGCCGGCUUGCGCUGCUACCCCGACCCCGGCGCCGAGCUGCCCUUGCAAGCGCUGGUGCAGGGACAGGGCACCUGCGCCCGCCGCCGCGACACGGCCGAGUACGGCGCCAGCGCCGAGCGCCCCGCAGAUAAUGGUGAUGACCGGUCUGAGAGCAUUCUUGCUGAGAACCACGUGGAUGGCACCGUGGGGAUCCUGAGUGGAGCUGGAGGGAGGAAGCCCAUGAAGACAGGCAUGAAGGAGCUGGCAGUGAUGAGGGAGAAGGUGAACGAGCAGCAGCGGCAGAUGGGCAAAGUCAGCAAGGCCCAUCACAACCACGAGGACUCCAAAAAGUCACGGCUGUCGACGGGCAGGACCCCUUGUCAGCAGGAACUAGAUCAGGUCCUGGAACGCAUAUCCACCAUGCGGCUGCCAGAUGAGCGAGGGCCCCUGGAACACCUCUACUCCCUUCACAUCCCCAACUGUGACAAGCAUGGCUUGUACAAUCUCAAACAGUGCAAGAUGUCGGUGAAUGGGCAGCGUGGCGAGUGCUGGUGCGUGGACCCCAUCCACGGGAAAGUGAUCCAGGGAGCACCCACCAUCCGCGGGGACCCCGAGUGCCACCUCUUCUAUACAGCCCACGAGCAGGAGGACCGGGGAGCACAUGCCCUACGGAGCCAGUAGACAGAUGUGAUCUUGCUGGCUGGAGGUCGCUCACUGUUGCCCCAGUGCUGGAUUUUACAUGGGUUUCAGCGUGUCUCUCUAGGCUCUGGAAGAGACUGGGUGCUGCCCUCCUUCCUCAGCUGCCUGGUUCCUGGGGAGGGGAGGGAUAAUGGGAGGGGAAGGCGGUGGGGGGUUUGCAAGGAGAAGGGACUGCUUUCUUAGUCUUUCACCCAACAUAAACCAGAGAACUGGUCUUUUUUGCUCCUCGCCCUCCCUGCUGCUUUGCGGCAUCUUUCUGCACCCUCCAGCACAGAGUGCCAUGUGCUCCCUGACCCCUCCCAGGGGACAAAAUCCCUUGCUAUGAGUGGGAGAAGGUAAAAAAAAACAAAACAAAGAGCCCAGCCUUUCCCCCUCUUUUUCUCUCUUCCCCAAGACCAAAGACUGUAAAUACUGUCACCUGCCUCUUGUGUCCUGCCAGUCAGUCUCUUGUGCCCCAGCCCAGCCAUCAGUUCUGGCAUGGGAUGUGAUGUGAGAGGGAGGGAAGGAAGAAAGACCGGAUUCCCAGCUGGAACUUACCACCACAGUUAGGAUGUGUUCCCCAAGGAAGCAGCAGUGAGGGAAAGGGCUAAAGAUGAGAUAGCUGCCACUUUGCCCCCUAACAACACUCUUGGGUGCUUCCUUUGCUCGUGCUAGGGCACAGCCAACUCCACAGGGACCCAGCUUCAGCCACUGGUCUGGAAGCAUGGGGCCUUUGGGUGAUAGCAAAGCUAAAUGCUUGUUUUUCCAAGGGAUUUGAAGGGCUUUUGCACAGUAUUUCUUAGAAUCAGCUUAUGCCGAGGGAGCUAAAAUGAACUUGCUGAGGCUGGGUGGAAGGAUGUGUAUGUAGAUUUAGGAUAACAAGCCAGGGAAUGUCUCUCUUUCUCUCAUUCAUUUUUUUUCUUUAUUUCUAGAUAGGAAAAAACAAAACAAAACAUCUAAAACCUGCAUUCCCAAGCAGCUGCCCUUGUCCCUCCAUUUUUGCUUGGGACUGAAGUGAGCACCUGUUAUUCAGCACAUAACUUUUUCUUUUUGUAAGUAAAUUCAGUAUAUAUCUUGCUGUGUAAAGGCUCUCACACUCACACACACACAUACAACCACACACACACAAACACACUUCUCUGCCUACAUACACAUUUGUAUAGAUGAAAUCCAAGUGAUUCCAGGUGCUCUGAGAGGUUUUGUGCUGGACAUGCUGAGGAGAGAUGUGUCUCUGCUGUUAAUUCACCUGUUGGUUUCUUCCUGUACAAAACACACUGAUGCUGAGAAUAAAUAAUUUCCCCAUUGCCUAAGAAA